AUGCGCGCCGCCGCCGCGCGCGUCGCGUCGCGUCCGCUGUCCGACGCGCGUCCGCGUCAAGGGGCGCGCGCGCGUCGACGCGGCGUCGAGCGCCGUGGGGCGUCGCGCAUCACUCUCGACGCCUCGCCGCGCGUCGCCGUGCGCGCGCGAUCGACCGCGAGCGACGCCGCGGGCGGGCGCGCGCGAUCCCCGGGCGUGUGGCCGCCCCCCGCCGCGCGCGCGAGCGAAGGGAUCGAUGGGAAACGUCUGCUCGGCGUCGCGGUCGGGUACUGCGGCGCGUGUUACCUCGCCAUGGCGUUCGCGUACAACGUCGUCCCGGGACUGGAUCUGGCGGAUAAGAUGGUGAACGAUACGAUCGGGGCGAUGCCGUUGAACGCGGUGUACGCGCCGAUGACGAUACCGGGGGUGUUGAAAUUCGUGAACAUGUUCGGCACGGCGAUGUACGCGCACGCCGGGACGAUCACCGCGGGGACGCGCGGGAUGGAUCUCAUGGGAUGCGUCUUGGUGGGCUUAUUGACCGCCGUGGGGGGGGGGACGAUCAGACAGGUCUUGUUCGGUGAUGUGCCGGUAUUUUGGGUGCGAGAGCCCGAGUAUUUGGCGCUGGCGGUUGUCGCGAGCGCGUGCACGUUUUAUCUCUGGCCGCGCGUGUCGCGGAAGAUUCGGCAAUCGAGAGAGAUGUAUUUGAUGCUCAACGCGACGGAUGCGAUCGCGUUGGGGUGUUUCGUCGUCGUCGGGGCGAACGCCGCGUUGGCCAGGGGUCACGGCGCGCUCGUCGGUGUCCUGAGCGCGCUCGUGACGUCGAAUUUCGGCGGCGUCUUGCGAGACGUCGCGUGCGCGCAACCCGUGCGCAUCAUGCACGCCGAGCAAGAGCUCUACGCCUCCACCGUGUGCCUGGGCGCGUGCGCAUUUUUGCUCAUCGCAAAGAUUUUCCCAAACGCGGCCGAGGCGCAGGUCGCGCGCGUGCUCGUGCCCAUUCUCGUCGUCGUCGUCGCCCGCGCGUGGGCGUGGACGCGCGACGCCCGUUUACCCGUCUACGCCGAUCGCGACCCGUUCGCGGGCGAGCCCACGCGCACGGUGCUCUGA